UUCAGUUUCUAUCUGCGAUAAUGAGACGGCAGUACGCAGAGGCGCUGAAGUACUGCCGCUUGAUCCUGCAGUACGAGCCGCACAACGCGACGGCGCGCGGCUUCUACCCGCUCCUGCAGCACAAGCUCAACAAUCACAAAAGCAAUAAAGAUGAAACCAGUUCAAGCGAGGAAGCAAGCCCUCCGCAUGAUCUCAAAAAUGAAUGCGACACUGAGGAGGGUUCGGGCGGCUUGAAGGUGGACGGCGGGGCCGGAGCGACGGGCGGCACGGGCGGCACGGGGGCCACCGGGGCCACGGGCGGGGAGGACAGCGAGGACGCCUGGGACGAGUCGGAGCGCUCCGGGGCCUCUUGUUCAUCCCUGGAGCUGGACUCGUCGUCUCCCAGCCGCGCACAAAAUUCACGGUCAACGCGCUCUUCCGACAGCGCGUGGUCGCGCUGGGAGAGCAGCGGCUCGCGCUCGGAGCGCGACGACAACGGCAACGAGCUCACCGCGCCGCCGCUGUCGCCCGCGAGCGCCCCUCCCGCCCCGCCCGCCCCGCACCCUGCGACCGCAGCCACCAUCGCGCCACUCUACUGCGACGGCGACAUUGAGAACGACAAUGCAGCCGGUGACUCCUACCCGUCUACCGCUCUUAAGGUAGGCAACGAAAAGGCCAGCUCGUCAGCGGCUUCGUCGCUGCGGCGGCUGCGCGCGCAGUUCGCGUGCUCCAUCAAGUGAGCGCGCCGCCCUCAGCGAGCCCUCCGAGCCCCUCCCUCCCUUACUUAAAACUACUUUCUGUCCUUUUCGCACCAACCACGCGGAAUUUUAUACGAUCACAAAUUAUUUGUACUUUUUAUAUAAUACAAACCUAUAUUUUAUUCAUAAUUAUUAUUCUAAUUGUUACCGCAAGCGAAUAGAAGGUUAAUAGAAAAUUGUAUAAUUCAGUGACCUCUUGAGCUUCCUCGGUUGAGUGAGUACGGUGGUCGGUGCCCUUUGUGCUCGGCUGUGGACUUACAAGCUGCUGCCUGUGACUUCGUCCGCGUGGAUAUAGUCACUUUGGGCUGACGCUAACUUUAACCCGCGAUUUCGUUUAUUGGUUAUCAUAAAAAAGUUAUAGCGAGUCAACUAUACAUGACGGCAAUAUAUUAUAUUAUUAACCUACUUAUGCUGUCGCUGAAUUAUUUUUAGUGCUUAUAAAGAGGAACAAAUUAUUGUGUCAUACAUGAUUUUUGCGUAACUUUAACUAUUUACGAAGCGGCUGCAACUGAAACUCUCAAAGGGAAAUAAAAAACGAUUUUGAAAUAUUUUCCAGUAGGUACCUAGUGCUCUCUGGUUGGUCGGCCCGAGCGAGCCGGCACCGUCGUACUCGCUCUACCAGGAAGCAACCCACUACACACGUUGUAUUGUGUUAUUAUAACCUAGUACUUACCUGUAUCAUUUUCAUUCAUCAGUUUCUAAAUUCCUUAAAACUAUAAAUCCUACGUAGUAUUUAAGAUUAUCUAAAUUUAAUAAAAUUUGUCGACGAUGAGAUUUUUAUAAAUCAUAUUAUACUGAGCGCAUGCAAGUAAACAAUGUUUGUACGAUGAAUGUUUGAAAGUUAGAUGUACUAUUAUAUUAUAUUUUAUAGAAAAGUAUAUUGUAUGAAAGUAUUAUGGACCUAAUGUAGUCGGCCUAAAGGCACUUUAUGUAACAUAUUCUGUAGAUACAUAUCUCGGAGCGUGGCGUGUGCGCGCCUGCCCGUGCCCGGCGCGUCCCGUGCCCAGCGCUUCCCGUGCUCGGCGCGGCCCUGCCCCGUCGCGUCGGCUUUGUUAUUGUAAAUCACUGUUGUUGUUGGUGUUAUUUCUCAUUAGACGUCAUGGGACUGUAGUGUAUAUAUUUUUUUCUGGAUGUCUAAAAUUACCAUAUCUCUGUCAUUUGACGUUUUUGAGAAUGUCGGUUAAAAUACCUACAUACCUAUAAUAUGAGAUGACGUAUAUCGGUUAUAAUCUUGGUUAUAAUACUUAUGUAAGUAUAUAUAUGUACAUAUCCAGCGGAAUUUGACACUUUGCAAUGUACCUAACUACUUACUGGAAAAUAUUACAUCAUUUUCAUUAAAUUAAAGAACCAAAGAUUGUUAGUACCUAUGUGUAUAAUGUUAAUUAUUUAUUAUAUCUCUAUUUGUUGUUCAUCAAUAAAAAGGGAUCAAUUGCAUAUUGAAGUACUCUGUCUGUCAAUCUGCAAAUGUUCUCCCGCGAUGUGUAUUAGAGAUUUGAAUUUUAUCGAUAUGACCUCGAUAUACCUGUUGUAAAUAAAUAUACCUACUCGUAGUGAAGCGAAGCCCUAACCCCGCGAACUGUGGUCCGAAUGAGCCGAGUGUAACGAGAAGACUGAACGAAUUGACGACUGUAUUCUGUAGAUUGUUUACCUAUGUCAUUUGUCUUUUCCUAAUGUCUGCGAAUGUUUCCUAUGAGAGCGGCAGCAACAUGAUUGGUUAUUAGAUUUUGAUUGUAAUAAAAUUAAUUAAUAUACCAAUCAUUGAUUGUCUAUGGAUGAUAAUAAGAAUACGAACAAUAUACAGACAGCUCUUGCGCUCGCGUUGCACCGCUCUCAGCUCGUACUACUCAACUACUGUGUAUUAGCGAUGAGUACGAACGAAAUGACUAGCUGAUGCUGUAGGUGAAGUGCAGUAUUGUCUUAACUAUGUGAAUCUUAUAUAUGGUUUAUUAUAUAAUAAAUUAAAGAUACUGUGUGUAA